GCAACUUUCAUCAUGACACUUCGUCCGUUGUCGUUAACGUUACCUUUCAUUGUAUUUACGAGCAAAGCAAGAAAUUACAAUAAUGGUUCAUUCCAAGUUUUUGCUUAGUGCUGUGCUCUCUACUUUGGCUUACCACAUGGCUGACGCAGCGCCUAUGGCUGCCGGCAGUGAUGUAGCUCAACCGUUACCUAUCUUGCACUUGUCCGAUGCUCAACUCGAACAAUUCAAGCAUGCUAGUCCAGAUCAGCCCGAACCGGAUAUUGCGUUCCCUAAAAAUGCAGAAGGCCUCUAUGCAGAUGGAGACGCAGUGCCUGAAGACACUGAAGCAACAGAAAUGGGCAUCGAGUUGAAUUCGAUCGGUGGAACAGUGAAUACCAUGGAGACUGAAGCGCUCAUUGUUGGAGGGGAGGAACAGAAUGAUGAAGGAGCUAGUAAUGAAGAAGAUGAUGAAGAAGAAGAAGUAAUACAAAUGGCGGCAGCACCAGCAGAUAAUCAACAAGAAGAAGAGCAAGUUGAAGAAGCACAACAAUCCGAAGAAGGAGAUACCAACGACGCUUCAGGAUCCUCGGAUGAAAUACUGGAGGCCGAAGGCGAUGCGGCCGAAGAAAACGAAGGAGAAGAAGAAACUGUGGAUGCUGAAGCUGAUUCGGAGGAUGUAGUACAACCCGAAGAGGAAGAGGAGGUUGUAGAAACGCAAGAAUAA